AUGGACAGCAAGGCGUUUAUACCCGCGCUGACUUAUAUAGUCAUCGCUCUCACUCUCUUCUACCCUUUCGAUGCCUUCUACAAGCAGCAGAGGAGCCAAUUUCUCAGCACACUCACCCAGAUCAUCUACUCACCCGUCACCAAGGCUAUUACAUUCAACCAGGUGUUUUUAGCAGAUAUACUCACCUCGUAUGCAAAAGUUUUCGGUGACUUCUACUCUUCAAUCAUUCAAUGUCUUGAUCCGGAGAGUUCUUUCGCAAUAACGCCCCAGUCGGCCAACUACAUGGCUCCGCUGUUCACAACUAUUCCCUACCUGCUCAGACUGAGGCAGUGUGUAGUGGAGUACAUAGCCAGUGACUACCAGCAGAAGCGUUCGCUAGCCAACGCCCUCAAGUACGCAUCCGCUCUUCCCGUGAUUGCCUUCUCGGCGAUCCACAAGCACAACAAGAGCGUGUAUCCGUGGUGGUUGAUUAGUGUAGUCGUCAAUUCCCUCUACUCGUUCUGGUGGGAUGUUCGCAAUGACUGGGGGCUGAAUUUCUUGGAUCGCGAUGUGUGGUUGGAUGACGGUGUCGAGAAAACUCCCCUCCGCCAAACUCUCCUAUACAGACAACCGGGCAAAUACUACGCUGCUAUCCUCGCCGACUUUUUCCUGCGCUUCACUUGGUCUCUUAAGCUGUCCUCCCAUUUACACGCUUACGUCCAACUCGAGUCGGGCGUGUUUGCAUUCGAAAUACUCGAAAUCCUUCGCAGAUAUCUGUGGUGUCUGUUUAGGCUCGAAUGGGAAGUCAUCAAGACGGAGGAAUAUCCUAGUAUACCCAUACACCAGUACACAACGGAGUAG